UUCCCCCGAGGUACCUGUACGAGGAUGAGCAGUGAACGGUGCGUGUAGACUCACGUCAGAGGAUGACAAAAACAUGUCGGAUUAAAAACACGCACCCGGGAUUAGACAGUAUCAUCCUGGAGUCUUGCUGACGACAAUGGCAUCGGUUAAUUCUUUCCGCUUGAAUGCUUUAUCACUCAGAAGUUCCGGUCCAAACAGAAACACCGACCUCACCUCUAUAAACACCUUUACACCGUACAUCUUCUAGACCAAUUUUUUUUUAGUAACACCCUGCGGUCCCUGACUCCAAAAUGGCGACCGGAACUCGUUUGAUGGAGGAGAUUAGUAAUCAAUUCCUCAACUGUAAGAUUUGCCUGGAGAACUUUCAGGAGCCGAAGACGUUGUCCUGCCUGCACACGUUUUGCUGUGAGUGCCUACAGAAACAGUACGAGGAGGAGACCGUGAGCCGGACUUCGAGGUUUUCCAUCUACAACAGAAACGUCACCUGCCCACUGUGCCGGAAAAAAACGGAGCUGCCGACUGGGGGCGUCCGGCGACUUCCGGACAACUUUCUCGUGUCCAGCCUGACGCAAGUAGUAGCUAAACGAAAAAUCUACAAAAUUCCCGCCUGUGAAAUUUGCAUCAAUUCCCGCUCCAAGAACGUGGACGCCUGCAACAAGUGCCUGGACUGCGGCAAGCUGCUCUGUAAGCGUUGUGUUGACCUUCACCUCUCCACCAAGGUCACACAGCAGCACAGCCUCAUAGACAUCGAGGGGGAGAAGGAUAUACAAUGUAAAAGCCACCCCGACGAAAACGUCCGUUUCUACUGCGACCCGUGCGACGCCUGCAUCUGUGUCGUCUGCGCCUUCCAAGAGCACAGGGACCACGAAGUCUGCUCCUUCAGUGACGGCUCCGUCAAGUACCGGUGCAGGCUCGAAUCCCUGCUGGGCUUGUGUAAGGAGCGGGUCGACCAGGUCAGCACCAGGCUACACGUCAUUGACAAGUACGAGACGCAGAUGAAGCACGUCAAGGAGUCGAUACGGGACCUCGCCAUCAGUUACAUAGCGCAGGUACGGGCGAAGGAGAGAGAACUGAUGAAACUGCUGGAAGAAUCUGACGGCGACGACAUCAAAAACCUGGUCAACCAGAAAUCAGCUCUCCAGGAAAAUCUCGACGAGCUCCAGAACACCUGUAACCUGACAGACAUCAUGCUGAAGGACAGGGGCGUGGAGCUUCUGCUGGUGAAGAAGGAGAUGGAGGACAAGAUGGGACGUCUGCUGGAGCCCAUUCUCCCGGACCUGCCUUCAGAUUCCACCUAUGACGUUCAGUUUGUUCCUGGGGUUGUCGCCCUUGGUCGCUUGUCGUUUGGUCUGGAUAAGGGUAAAGAAAAAGAGAACCUCAAAGACGUGGAGAAGGAGAUCUUUUCGAUAGAGAAUUUCUCCAAAGACCCGGAUGUCUUAUCGAACUGCACGCAGACGGAUAAAAGCCGCACGAAGGAAGAGUCGACGUCCAUGCUCUCUGACAUGAAAGAAGCGUGUCAUAUCUCCGUCCAGACGGACCAUCUCGCGGAGGUGUGUCACGCGUUGAGUCAGACUGACCCCAACGUGCGUGUUAUACAACGGACAGAAACCAGGGAGAAGGGGAUAACGGCGCUGAUCCUAGACACAAAAUCAAAAGGCACCAUGACGGAGAGGUCGGAUGUCAGAUCUUUGAAAUGCCAGACUGACCUGGCCGCAGACCAACCACCGGCCACCCUCAGCUCGCCCACCCUCAGCGCUUCUUCCAGCACCUCAGACGUCACCCUCGAGAAAUCCUCCAGCUUUUUCUCGCGGGCGCCGGCUCCCGAUCUGUUGCCUAGCAGCGCGGGUAUGACGCCCAGCAUGUACGCAACAGGAAGGAAGAUCAGAAGUGUGAAAAGCCAGACGGAGUUUGGAGCCAAGGAGAUUGAAGAACUUAUUUCAUUGAAAGAUGCGGCUGUGGUUGUUUCGGCUGAUUUAAAAUCAACUUCCGCUUUGGCUCCGGAAAAUCAUAUACGUAAGACAGAUUUAGCCGAGAAUGAGAAAAAUAUAGUUAAAAUCCCGGAUGAAAAAGGUGGAAAACAAAAUAGCUCAAGCAAGGCAAGAGACGGGCUUGGCGAUAAAAUAACGACGAGGGAUAAAGUAGCUACCACUGAUAGAGAAGUGUCUACCGUAAGCGUCGCAAUGUCGGACCGCGCUACUGGGACUUGUUUAGUCAAAAUGGGAGACGCCGGAUGUCAGGUCACUCCCAGGGUCAACGUCGUCUCCACGAACACACCUUUAGUGCAGAAACACGACCAAGGCUGUCUCGUGGACAUUGUAGCCACAAAACCUACCACGGCGCAAGCGGUACCAGAAAAACCAGCUGUGACGGCAGCUCCUAAAAAGACGUGUGACAAGGCCUCGGACCCGAUAAAAAUUCCAUACUUUUCAAAAGCCACAGAAACGCUGAAAGUUAAAACAUCGUCGUCUUCGACAGAAACAACCUCGGCUGCCCUUGUCGACAAGGAUACAUCUACCUCCCUCACUAAAACCGUGGACCAAUGGACAGAAACACCCGCCGUUCAAAUGAUCAGCACCGGCGUGACCUCCCCCGUCCCCGCCACCCUCGACGUCGGGGUGGCCACGAACGUCGUCCUCACAGACGAGCAGGCCACCAGCACCGACGUCAGAGCAUACCGCGACAGCCACACGGAAACAGUCCUCGUCGUUUGCGACAGCGAGACCCUCACAGACGCCAAGCUCUUCGCCGACGCCCAAACCGCAGUGGAUGACGACCGGCGGAGCGAGUCCUUAGACCCGGUUGAUACCACCCAGCGCCGCCCGGGUCUGCAGCUAAAGCAACAAGACAGUAGUAAACAGAAGGCGAUGUGUGUCUCCUGUGGCGUCCGCGCCAAAGACGAGAAUACAAAAUCACCUCAGCACAAGCUACCAGCACCUGCCGGCGCUCACCACACCAAAGAGGACACGGCGCAGCAUCCCAUCAACACACAAGACGUGGGGACGAUGGCCAUCUCCUGCUUGACCACUCACCUUGAGCUGCAAGAAGCAGGCACGCAAACACUCUCGGAGCUGCUCGACAGGUCUGGCAUCAGCUGUCAGCUUCUAGAAACAGCCAUACAAACCUCCCACCCUCAGCUGUACGACAAAGCUUCGGCCACGUCGCUUGAUCUAGAGCUCGGUUUGCUUGGCAGACAUUUUUGUGACGCGGCCACGUCGACUGAGUCCCUGCCCUACAUCGGCCUGCUGAGUGAGAUCGACGUGGACGAGCUGAUCGUCGUGCCAGAGGCGGCCUUCGAGCUGGUCUCCGACACGGACUCGGAGCCCGACGUCGUCAUGGUGGACGACGAGACGGCGACCGACUUCGUCCAGCUGGUUGAAUCCGGUACCCUGACGGACGACUUCGGUGGGGACAGCAUGACGGAGAGUAACAGCAGCAAAGGGGUGGGGGAGAUUAUACGAUCCCUGGUUCAAGCUGAGGGCGGGGCCUCCCGGGUCGAGAGCAAACACUUGGUGUCUAUCGGGGUCAACACGGCGACCAAGCUCACGUUCGAAAAAGAAACCUGCACGCCGAUCCGGCAUUUGUUCAGCAAGGGCACCAUGACGUUUUACGUUUCCAAAAUGGACAAAUCGACCAGCACGCAGGCGCGGGUGAUGACGGGACACGGUAAGGUCAAGGCCGAGGACAAAGCGACGAUGACGCGCGAGGUUGCGCACAAGAACGCUGGGACUGAAACCUACACGGCAAGCAUGGACGGGAAGAUCACGGCUUGCAUUUCAAAACUCAGGAACGUGUCGGAGAGGCUGAACAGCCCACCUGAGAAAAAGUCGGUCGACGUUUUCUUUAAUAAGACUUUUAACACCCCCGCCGCCGACGAGGCUAAAAAAUGUGAUCAGCCACCUCUGGACGCCCAAGAAGACAAACGACAAAGUCAGUUAAAAACUCUGUUAGACCAGACGAAUGCUGUGCUCAAGUCGCCUACUCGAAAAGCCCAGCCCAUAACGACUUUAAAAUGUCGUAAACCCGCUAUAAACAAUAAACCCGGUCCAAACCUCAAACCUGAAGAACCCAGUUACAAAAGUCAAAGUCUACCUCGAGCUUUUUCAUCGGACCGCACUGGGACUGUUAAAAUGGGUAGCCAGACACUGACCGACCGGGCAGGGACGGUGAAGAUGGGCAGUCAACCGUUGACCACAUCUGAACGCACGGGGACAGUUAAGAUGGGCAGCCAACCUUUAUCUUCAAUGCGUCUUCCGCUUUUAAGAUACAACUCAGCGCCGGGGAGAAUCGCCACUGUGCCUUCCCAUCCAAUGAAAUCAAAAACCUCACCACUGCCCUCCCCUAAGGUAAGCAGGAUACCAAUCACAAAAAAGCUUAGUCCGCCAGACUACAUCAGCAAGCCAACCGUCCAGACGGCCAGCGUGGACACUUUACCUGAAGCCAAAAGCCCCAAGCCUCAAGUCCGGCGUCCACUGCCCAGCAUCACAGAAACCAGAACCCCGUCCUCCUGUUCAGACGCCUCCACCGUCUCCCACACAUCCGUCGGAUCCCUGGGAGCCACGCAUCGAUUAUCGUCCGGGUCUUCUCUGCCGGUCAACUCGGGCGUUGAGCCGGAACAAAGACUUUCCGUCGGACCGUCAGUGACGCCUCCUCCCAGGUCGCCUUCGGUGAGCACAGCGUUUUCCACGGCGUCCGAUUCUUGUCCGGAGAGCAUCUUGUCCAGCACCGGCUCAGCCGAAACUUUACACCUGAAUCCGGAAGAAAAAUCGACCAAAAAACAAGGUUUGGGCUUCAUGCAGAGAUUUUUAUCCAAAAAGAAGAAAAGCCAAGACGACAAGAAAAAAGAACCUUUAAACGUUGUCAAAUCAGGACCGACAACCGCAUCCGCUGUUGCUGCCUUAGCCAGUGCCACCCCACCUUUACCCGCCCCACCUCCAGAAUCCCACGCUCACAUCAACCCCCAGUUUCCUCCGCAUCAUUACCCCCCGCCCCCUGAACCCAAGUCUCCUCCCCCUCCUCGCAAACCCCGCCCUUUUGUUUACGUCCGUCAACGAAUUUUCGCCAUCCAGCAGGACAAUGUCGAGGACGUAGAAGAGAAAAAACUGAAAUCGGACGAGAAGAAACCAACCGCGCCGGAAGCUGCCACCCCCCAGUGUGAACCAAGCUUAGAUAAAAACAGUCAGAAAACAAAAAGCGGAACCAAGAAAGACGAAAAAAACAGCCGCGACAAAACCAAGAAGGCAGAAGGGAGUAAGUCAAAAUCUUCUGCGGCGAAAAAGAAGACGAAGAAGACGGAUGCAAAAGAAGAAGCAUGAAGCGAAUCUUAUUCUACCUCCUGUUGGAAGACUGUCCCUAAGACCUCAACUUUAAAUGUUUCGGUCAGAAUAACAAAAAAAUACUUGGUAGCACUAAUGACUACCUCCUUUUUACUUUUUUAUUUCGUUUCCAUGUUGUUGUUCUGAAGAAGUUGAGGUUUUGAAAUAGUUUUUGCUUUAAUGUUAACUUUGCAUAUUAGUGCUUCGGUUGAGCUUAUCUUAUUUUAGAUGGCUGUUUAAUCACGUGUUAAAUAUUAAUAUUAAUAUGCAAGAAAUUGCAAGACAAUUUGUAAAAUAAGCCUAUUUCGUUAUUUCGACAUAAUGGGUGAAAUGUACUGCGCGGUAGAUAGAGUACAUUCUAACUAUCGCCUUUCCGCAAAAACAGGUUAAGGGAUACAAAUUCCACGGAGGUAGAUUCGCUGACUGAUAUAGAUGUGUACACAUUUUGCCUGCAAUAUUUCAGCUUUUAAAUAACAAUGUUUUCGCGUAUUUUGUUUUAUUUUUUAAUUUGACAUAUCAUACUAUAUUAAAACUGUUUUAGGCUAUAUAUUAUGAUUGCAACCCUCCACGUAUUUAUUCACAUAAUAAUGUAUAUUUGAUGAUGUAAAACAAUUAAUCGCGGUACCAAUAGAAAUUAGAAAGCAUUGUUUUGUAUAUGAUAACUGGUGUAGAGCCAAAUAAAAAUUGUUAAACUA